GUGAAGAGAGGCGUCUCUUCGGAUCUCGCCUACAUGGGAUUAUUUGGACAUGUUACUCAGAAAUCGUCGAGUCAGAUCAAGUCAGAUUUUGCUCAGACUAAUGGCUAAAAGUGAUUGUUUCCUAUGGCCACCAACAUCACCUUUCACCCGGGCUCCAUCAGCGCCAGCGAAAGAAUGGAAUUACUCAAGCAGAAGGGAAUCACCAUUUGGUUGACUGGCCUCAGCGCUAGUGGCAAGUCUACCAUCGCCUGUGCCCUCGAGCAAACCCUGUUGCACCAAGGGAAGUUUACCUACCGCCUUGAUGGAGACAACAUCCGCUUUGGUCUCAACAAAGAUCUCGGCUUUGAUGAAGAUUCUCAUGUGGAAAACGUUAGGCGUAUCGGAGAGGUGGCCAAACUAUUCUGCGAUGCAAACUGCUUCACUAUCGUAGCCUUCAUAUCACCAUAUCACCGAUGCCGGCAAACUGUGCGCGAGCUGCACACGAAAGCCAACCUUGGCUUUGUCGAAAUCUUUGUGGAUGCCCCACUCAGUGUUGCCGAGCAACGCGACCCUAAAGGCUUGUAUAAGAAGGCUCGUUCCGGGGAAAUCAAAGAUUUUACCGGUAUAUCUGCUCCUUACGAGCCUCCCGAGAAUCCGGACAUUCAUAUCAGAACGGAUGAAUGCGAUGUUACCCAGGCCGUUACGACUAUCAUUGAAUACCUUGCAUCUCACGGUUACCUUUAGAAUGAUACCACAUACCGUGUAGAGUUGCUGCAAAUUGUGAUGUUACAUCGUGCGAGUGACAAGAUGUGUCCAGGCCAACAGGAAAAAGUUCAUUCCCACCCAAUGCUGCUCCGGUGAACGGUCACUUCUACAAUAAGAUGAUAAAUUCUGACUAGCAUUAUGUUGAAUGAAACAAACAUCG